AGGAGAAAGAGAAAGGAGGGAAACGGUCCUCCGACAGCAAUCAUUUUUCUGUGCACAGUAAUUUUGCUGUCAGAAACAGCUGGCAGUGCGGACCGGAACAAUGCGAGAGGAGAGGAUCGGAGCGAGGGAGCGUGGAAGGCGAGAGGAGGGAGGGAGGGAAGGAGGGAAGGAGAGGAGGGAGGGGAGCGGUGGUUGGCAGAGACCUGAGGGGGGAUCGGAUUUCAGACUCUGUCAUUAAGGCCAGACUGCGCCAUGCACACACAGCCGCAGCUUCAAGUCUGAGCAGGACUCGCAAACUAUUAUCCGGGUCUGCGAUGGUCCAUGGCAUCAUGAUCCUCCUGCUUGUGGUCUUGAUGGUUUUACCAGCUGCCAGUGUGGAAGAUAAAGCAACAGUGAAUGACUUUGAGUGUGUGUGCGAGUGGCAGACAUGCGGCAGCAACGGUCGCUGCUUUGGCCAGCAGUGCUUCUCUUCCGUCUCCAUCCGGAACGGGACGGCCCUGCGACAGAAGGGGUGCAUUGUGGGUACGGAGGAAGAGGCGGUACAGUGCGGAAGCUCCCCACCUGAGUCUGGCGUCAUGGUGCAGUGCUGCCAGGGAACACUGUGCAACAGCAACCUUACUGUGGACAUACCAAGCUCAGAUAAGGACUCCACACAGCAUGUGUGUGUGUGUGAGGGAGCGGAUUGUCUGAGUGGGGGGCGGUGUGUAGGAGAGCAAUGUUUCUCCUCAGUCACAGUCACCAACGGAAACCUACAACACCGUAAAGGCUGUUUCUCUGGCUCCCAGAGGGGCGGGGCUAACUGUGACACACCCAAAUCAUCUAAUAGCAUCAUUAAAUGUUGCACAGGCCACCUGUGUAACGCCAACAUUACAGUGGAACCUCCAGCCAGAGACACAGAGACGAAACAAAAAGAGCACGAGUGUGUGUGUGAGGGUCGUUCUUGUGUGAUGGGUGAGCGGUGUAAGGGACAGCAGUGUUUCUCUUCUCUGACUGUGACUGACGGAAUGCUGGUCCAUCAGAAGGGUUGCUUCACUGUGUACGAGCAGAGUCGCUUGACCUGCAAAACCCCGCCCUCACCUGACCAGAUUGUCGAGUGCUGCCAAACUCACCUGUGUAAUAUGAACCUCAGCGUGGCUCUGCCAAUCCGAGUGGCAGAGGGCCCUAACUAUAGUGUAACAACAUUGGUCAUCGUAAUUGUGGCUCCAGUGAUUGUCCUCAUUAUCCUUUCAACGGUGGCCAUCUUGAUUUUCCGUCGAAUCCACCGUAACCAGAUGGAGCGGUUGACGGCCCGCGAUGCCGAGUACGGCACCAUUGACGGACUCAUCGCAUCCAACGUCGGCGAAAGCACACUCGCGGAUCUGUUGGAUCACUCAUGCACAUCAGGCAGCGGUUCAGGACUGCCUUUCCUGGUACAGAGAACAGUCGCUAGACAGAUUACACUGAACGAGUGUGUGGGGAAAGGGCGUUAUGGAGAGGUGUGGAGAGGUCAGUGGCAGGGUGAGAACGUGGCCGUGAAAAUUUUCUCCUCCAGAGACGAGAAGUCCUGGUUCCGUGAGACUGAGAUCUACAACACAGUGCUGCUGAGGCACGAGAACAUUCUGGGCUUUAUUGCAUCCGACAUGACGUCUCGUAACUCCAGCACUCAGCUAUGGCUGAUCACACAUUACCACGAGAUGGGCUCGCUGUAUGACUAUCUGCAGCUGAGCACGCUGGAUGCCCCGGCUUGCCUGAGGAUGGCGCUGUCCAUCGCCAGCGGCCUGGCGCACCUGCAUGUAGAGAUCUUCGGCACACAAGGCAAGCCGGCCAUAGCUCAUCGAGACCUGAAGAGCAAAAACAUCUUGGUGAAUAAAAACGGCCAGUGUUGCAUCGCUGACCUGGGCCUGGCUGUGAUGCAUUAUCAGGACACAAACGAGCUGGAUGUGGGGAAUAACCCUAAAGUGGGCACCAAACGCUACAUGGCCCCUGAGGUGCUGGAUGACUCCAUUCAGGUGGACUGUUUCGAGUCAUACAAACGAGUGGACAUCUGGGCUUUCGGCCUCGUGCUGUGGGAGAUCGCCAGACGCACAGUCAGCAACGGUAUUGUAGAAGACUACAAACCUCCCUUCCAUGACGUAGUGCCUAGUGACCCCAGCUUCGAGGACAUGAAAAAGGUGGUGUGUAUAGACCAGCAAAGACCCAACAUCCCCAACAGAUGGUUCUCGGACUCUACUUUAACAUCCAUCGCCAAACUCAUGAAAGAGUGUUGGUACCAGAACCCGUCGGCAAGGCUCACGGCUUUGCGCAUCAAAAAGACUCUGACGAAAAUCGAUAACUCUUUGGACAAAAUCAAAGCGGACAUUUGAACUCUUUUCAUAUGGAAGAUCCUCAAAGGCCUUUAUGACGUCCAGCGGACGACUCGUCUGGUGAUCCAGGAAAAAAACAAAAACAAACACACACACACACAAAAAAAAAAGUGACCACACGGGCACAGUGCUCUCUUAGAGGCACAAUGUAUUUAUUUUAAAACGUACAGCGGGACACGUUUUGGCAUCCAAAGAUGGCACAGAGGGCAUUUAAGAAGACUGCAGAUAUGUGACCUAGCUUUCACAGAGACUGUUACUGUAGCAAGACCUGGAAAGGAGAAAGUCGCUUUAGAGCUCCAGUUUACUUCUAACGCAGCUUCGAUUUUUAGAACUGUCUGGAAACGACGUCUUUCGUUUAGUAAUAUUGUCCGUGCUUCUUUUUGAUUAAUUGCACUGGCAGUCGCUGGCAUUCCUUACUUGCACUGUUACGGAAGAAUUUGGAGGAGAAAAAGACAACAAUUUUGCCAAAUAAGGCUGUAUUUUAUAUUCCACUAGCAUCAUAUCUUUAUCCAUUAUCAACCACAGAGAUAACGCAAGCAACUUUUAUUUUUAUGUUCCAGUCUUUUUUGUUGUUGUUGUUGUUGUUUACUUUUGCACUGCCAUUUACAGUAUAAUGAUAAAAAAAGAGCAUCUCUGCCUUCAUUUAUGUCACUCGAGCUGUAAUUUAUUUAACUUUUAUGUUUUUGAACCGUACAAUAGCCACUCUGUUACUGUUUUGCCUGAGAUGUUUAACGUGUCACUGAGUUUUAUUAUUUUAUUUUUUUUUUGUAUUAUUGAGCAUUUAGCUAUUUUCCUUUUUGUUUGUUUCGUAAGCUUUAUUGAGUAUAGAAUCUAAAGUAAAUAAAAAAAAAUUCUUAACUCAAAAACAUUAAGCAAUGCCUGUAAACUGUUUAUAAAUGAACUUGUGCACUGGCCACAGAACUUAAGUUUUAAAAAAAUGUCGGGUUGUUUUAUUUCCUAUUUAAAUAUGUAAUUGUACUGUAGUAAUUAAGACAGUAUAGAUUUCCACCUAAACUUAUUUUUUAUGAUGUAAUGAUUAGCAGAUUUAAUCAUAAAACCGUUUAUUUGACAGUUUUGGCCAUUUUGCCAAAUUAUUUUAAGAAACAGAGCUACAAAUCUCAUAAUUGGUAUUAAAUACAUCAUAGAUUAGUGUUGUUGGUUCAUAAAAUAUAAGAACCAAUCAGAUUUCAAUAUGCAAAUGUCGUCUAUUAUUACACUAGGUUAUCAGGGAAAGUGGGUAGUGUGUGUAGGUUCGGAGGCGUUUCCAAUUUCUACGUGCAUAUGAUUUGGAUUUCUUUGGGGUGAAAGUGUAGCGCUUCUGCAUCUUUCUAUUUUCUAAUGCCAUAAUUGUAGAAUUGCCAUUUAAUGCAAUUUAUUAUUUGUUAUAAAAAAAAAAAAGAAGGGGUCUAAGAAAUAGAUCUCACAUCAAGACUUUAAAUAACUUUUCCAUGCCUUAUGAACAAAACCAGAGUUAUAAUACACACUCCACAUGACUUGACUGUGUCGACCACAUCAAUGCAAACUUGGGUCAAAAUACGAGAUAUGAGAGCCGAUACACUGACCCUGUCUCGCUCUGUUUGACUUUAGAAAUUAGCGGUGUUUUUGGCAAAAUGAAGGUUUUUAAUUGUGAAAAAAUAUAGCCAAAGAUGCCAAGCAUGGCAUUCCUUUGCAUGAAUUUAUCAUCAUAAAAAAUAUGAUCAUGUGAACUGAAAAAUCUGUGGAAAAAAGAGGGGGUGGAGACCAUUUUAUCGGAAUUACAACUGUUAAAUGUGAUUUAUUGUUUUAUGGGAACAUUUAAAGCCACUGCAUAGAGGAUUAAGUUAAUUUUAAGAUGUACAGGCGUAUUAUUAUAUAUUAAAAUCAAUUAAUCAAAAACCAAAGUUCAUUUUAUUGUCCAGAGGCAGAUUUUAGGGUUGCAGGAGGACAUACAGCUCCUUACCACUGUAUAUACCACUGUAUCCUUCACAUUGAAAACUUCUUUUUAGGUGUGAAUAGAGUUGGAUAGCUUUUUGCUACUAAGUACAUAUCCAGCCAAUGUUUUUACUCUUUUUUUUGGCAGCAGUUCCAUCAGCCUUUCUUUUCUCCUCGUUGUUGUUUUACAGACUUUUUGAAACACUUUUGUAAGUCAAGUUUUUCAAGGUCUAUUGUAACUUUUAAGCAAAUUCACUCUUACUCUGGUUGUUUACACAGUCCCCUCUGAAAGUAUUGGAACAGCAGGGCCAAUUCCUUUUUUUUUUUUUUUAAAUAAACUGAAGACACUUCUGUUUGAGAUGAAAAGAUGAAUGAGACGAUAGAUCAGAAUUUCAGCUUUCAUUUCCUGAUGUUUACAUGUAGAUGUGUUAAACAACUUAGAACAUGGCACCUUUUGUGUCAGACUAUCAAAUUUUUAGGAACAGAUAGUCUUAAAGUAAAUUAAAGUUAAUAACACUUAAUGUUUGUUUGCAUAUCCUUUGCUUACAAUAACUGCAUUAAGUCAGUGACCCACUGACAUCACAAAACUGUUGCAUUCUACUUUUGUGAUGCUUUUCCAGGCUUGUACUGCAGCUUCUUUCAGUUGUUGCUUGUUUUCGGUGGUUUAUCCCUUCAGUUUCCUCCUGAAAUGCUUCCCAAUUGGGUUAAGGUCUGGUGGUUGACUUGGCCAGUUUAAAACCUUCCACUUUUCCCCUGAUAAAGUCCUUUGUUGAGUUGGCAGUGCUUUUUGGGUCAUUGUCUUGCUGCAUGAUGAAGUUCCUCCUGAUUAGACUGGAUGCGUUUCCCUGUAUAUUGCCAGACGAAAUGUUUUAUUCUGCUGCUACCAUCAUGAGUUGCAUCAUCAAUAAAGAUUAGAGAGCCUGUUCUAGAAGCAAGCUCAAACCAUGACACUACCUCCACUGUGCUUGCAUGUUUUGGAUCAUGAGCAGAUCUUUCUCCACACUUUGAAAACACCCAAAACUGUAUACGGUCCCAUAAAGAAGACGAACUGUAUGUCGGUACGUGAAAAUCUGGAGGGACGUCGGACGGCGUGUCGCGGUGACGUAAUGACGUGUGCCGUUAAUCGCUCUAUGUUCUAUAACGUAAAACCUGAACAUGAAAAGUAUAUUCUAAAAGCAAUUCAUGUACACACCUUAAUCAGAAUAUUGUCUUAUUCACAAUAAGGCCAAUAAUUAGAUUAUUGUUGUCCAUGUAAACGUAGCUAAUGUUUAUCAACUCUUGUUGUUUUCCUUUGCUGACCUGUUCCAACUCUAGUACAUCAGCAGUUUCCUUCUUUUUCAGGACAUUCCAAAUUGUUGUCUUGGCUGUACCCAGUGCUUACGCAAUAGCUCUGAUAAAUUUUUUCCCUAGGUUGGUCUGCCACCAAAGGUCCCAUGUUGUUUAACACAUCUAGUGUGAUUUAAUCUUGUGUGAUCUAAUUCUGAUAUAUUGUCUGAUAUUCAUCUUUUGAUCUCAAACCCAAAUGUCUUCAGUGUACAGCCUUUUCGCUCCAAUACUUUCGAAGGGGACUGUAUAUUUAAAAACUAUGAUUAACAUCAAUAAAGGCUAGUGCAAAUGAAUGGAAAUGCUUUCACUAAUUGAAAGAAUCAAGUAGAAGAUCUUUUCGAAGUGUGAUCAGGAAAUAUCUGAGUUGCCAGGUAUUGACCGACUAAUCCUCUGGAAAUGCAUUAUAGCGUAAUGGACCAUGUGUUACAAUUAGGUGCAACUUUACCUUAUAACCUUCAGUUUGACUAGAAACCGAGCACAGUGAAGCAGAGGAUGGCAAAUACACUUGUUUAAAGCAGAAGUGCUUUUAACAUUGCUGCAAAUGCACUGUGGAUUUGCUUAAGUGAAUUUGGAGUAGGUCUAUUUCGUUAGUCUAAUUUAUUCUGCAUUCAAAAUAAAUAAACGCUUUCAAAAAUGUAGUACAAGAAGCCAGUUUUUUUUUUUUGUUUUGUUUUGUUUUUCUGCUUCUUUUUUAGAACUCUGUUUCAGGAUGCCAUUUUAUUUUACAAUAUACUCAGACAAAAUUCCAUUCAGUUCACUAUGCAAGCAGGUAUGGCUGUUGUUUGGCCGCUGGUCUUUGGCACAGUAAGUGUGACGUGUAUUUGGGAGAGAAUCAGGCUAAGGGUAGAGCGAGUAUGUCAAAGUUGGAGCACUGUGUACUCUGCUGCCCAGUGAAACAGUAAGCAGUGCAGGCAUUUCAAAAUAUAAUUAUACAUGUGUAAAUCUGGCAUCUGCCAUCUAUACCCACUCAGUAAACUCAGUCACUACUGGAUAAAACUUCAUUUUAUUUUUAUUAAUUUAAAUUUUUAAACCUUAAUGUCUCAGCACAGUAUUUAAUUCUAAAGUGCUGCCAAAAUCCUCUUUCCUGUGAAUUACCAGUGUGGUCUUCUAGUAAUUGAUUACUGUACUUUAAUGUUAUUUUUUUUUAAAUGUUUUUAAAAAAUCUUUUGGAAAUGUUAUAUAUUCCUCU